UAUAAACAGCGCUUAAGGGUUCUGAAAGAUUAUAUCAAUGUCAAGUGUUGUAAGGGCGCCAAAGCCCUACAAUCUUAAUCGCCUUAACAAUUUCUCUACCAACAUUUACAACAUUCUUCGUAUAGAUAGGUAGAUGAACUUGAGAUCAAAUCGUAUUUUAUUCAGGGACAUGAUAUGAACAGUUGGCCGGAUUUAAAAAUUGUUAAUCUAUUGAUCGCGAGCAAUUAAAUUCGAAUCAAAAAUGAAUUACAAAAUUUCACAUGAUGUUCUGCGGUCGAGAGGCAUUUCCAAAAAUGUUGUUGCUACUCGCACUACUCGUCCACGUGAACGCGUUUUAUCAAAAUGCGUACGAUGUUACUCAUGAACGUACGGAAAUCGAAUAUUACGACCCUACCUUCUCGAACCUUUCCUGCAACAACUACAAGUAUAACCGAACGACGUCUACGUUUACUUUAACGGUUAAGUUGAAGAUGGAUCUAACUGAAGGAGAUUUGGUUAUGGUAACGGGUCACAAAUGGCUGAGUAACCGUUAUCGCCUGGACAUCCUGCAAUUCAAUGUGACAGUGAAAGAGGGUCUUCGCUUCAAAUACUUUGAUAUAGAUCGAAUGAUGCAUUCCUGCACGACACCUCCCUUCGAAUGGCCUCCCAUUAAAGGGGUGACAUAUACGGUAAGGAAUUGGGUGCCUGACAGCACUAAGUUUCCUCCGGGCAUGCCAGAAGGAAGGUGGAAAAUAGCGAUGCGGGUUGUAACGGUCGACGGAAAACACGUGUUUUCUGUCAACUGGUAUUGCGCCUUGAAAUACAAGCUUAGAAUGGAAUCGAAGUAAUGCACGCGUUCCAACCAUUGCCGCUACUUUAGAUACAAGUAGAGCAGUAAAUUGUAGUAUUUUACUGCCAAUAGUACUCAAACUCAAUGUGUUAUUAUUCACGCUUUAUUUUGGAUUCAAAGGGACGACUGCACGCAACUUUGAAGGUUGACAACUGCAUAAUACACUAGGAAAAGGAGGUCUUGGGAGUACGCGUCCGAACAUCAGACGAAUCACCAUGUUCCGCACGAGUGACCAGUUCCCCAUCUGAGGAGUCGGAUUCUGCUACUAGUAACAUUCCAGUUUUGAAUGCAUGUGCGGUAUAAGUAAUGGUUCAGCAUGUAAUUUUUAC